GUUACCAGCCAAGUAGUUGAAUAUUCACAAUCAAACUAGUUAUAAUAUAUUUCAAGGACGCAGACUAUUCAGAGCCCAAAUUAUUCAUAAUGAAGCUUGCACAGACCCUCACCGUGUUACUCGUUGCUGCUAGCUCCCAACUGGCUCUAGCAGCUCCAGUUAACAAUACGGAGUCGACAGGCCUGGAGACACGAGGUCUAGAAGCCAGAAAAGCCAAUGGUGUUGGCAACAGCAAAGGAAACCCUCAGAAAGUCCAGAUCUCAGUCAAUGAUAAGGGUGCCCUAACGUUUGACGCCGACUGCUGGGCCAUGCUGUGCAAAGGGCAGACCAGAGUUCUGUAUGAUCUGUCUUUCAGCCAGAAAUAUUCUCCAAUACAUUGAGCAUGAUUAGGCUGCGGCAGCAUCCAACGGAUCAUAUGAUAUCAAACUAU